CUGCUAAUGUGAAUAAUGAAUUCGUCUCAUGUUUUUCCUCUGAAAAUUCCCAUUUUCUUUUUCUCUUCAAUUGUUUUUCCUCACUCUAACAGCGACGAUCGAUUUCUUUGAAAUUCUUUUCCGUCGGAUCUGCAAUUUUCAAUCUCGAUUCAGUCAGUGUGACGGGGCUGCUUCAUUUUGAACUCGGGCAAGGAUGAAGAAGGCAAUCGGUCAAACUGUUAGAGAACUUAAGAGAGAGGUAAACAAGAACGUUCUUAAAGUUCCUGGAAUAGAGCAGAAGGUUCUUGAUGCCACCAGUAAUGAGCCCUGGGGUCCUCAUGGAUCACUUCUUGCAGAUAUUGCAAUGGCUACAAGAAACUAUCAUGAGUAUCAGAUGAUUAUGACAGUAAUUUGGAAACGUCUAAGUGACACUGGAAAGAAUUGGCGUCAUGUCUACAAGGCUCUGACAGUUCUGGAAUACCUUGUUGCUAAUGGAUCGGAACGUGUCAUAGAUGACAUAAGAGAACAUGCAUACCAAAUAUCGACCUUGUCCAAUUUUCAGUAUAUUGAUUCCAGUGGAAGGGACCAAGGUAACAAUGUCCGAAAAAAAUCUCAGAGCCUUGUGGCCUUAGUAAAUGAUAAAGAAAGAAUAAUUGAAGUAAGAGAAAAAGCUGCAGCAAACAGGGACAAGUUUCGAAAUACAUCAACAGGUGGAAUGUAUAGGCCAGGUUCAGGGGGAUAUGGAGACAGAUAUGAUUAUGAUCGUUAUGGAAACAGGGAUUAUGAUGAUCAGAAUGGUAAUGGAAGAGACCGUGAGUAUGGCUAUAGAGAUGAUGAUCGGUAUGGAAGAUAUGGGGAUUCAAACAACCGUGAUGGAGAUCGUUAUGGCAGAGAUGGUUACAAGGAUGAUGACUACCGAGGUAGAAGUAGAAGUGUUGAUGAUUAUGAAUAUGGCACAAGAUCUAGGAGCUCUGAUAGAGACCGUGCUUUUGAUGAGGAUGGUGCUUCCUGCAGGGGCAGUGGUGCUAGAGCUGAUGAUCACUCUCAGGAUGGAAGGCAGCAUGAGCGGAAGCAUUCUGACCAAAAUGUUGGUGCUCCUCCUAGUUAUGAAGAUGCAGUAAAUGAGACUCAGAGUCCUGCCCAUAGUGAAAGGGUUGGCCAAACUUCUGUAGCAGCUGCUCCUGGGUCUUCUCCUCCUGCUAGCAAUAAUAAUCCUAACCAAGCAGCCCCUGAUCUUAGUAAUUCAGCUUCUCCUCCAAAUCAUCAAGUGGAGGUCUUUGAUGAAUUUGAUCCCCGCGGAUCAGUUUCAGUUACAGCCGCUCCAACUACUGCUCCUGCUGCAGCAUCUGUCCCUGCUACUGCUGUUCCCUCUGCUUCGACCAAUGCUGAAAUAGACUUACUGGAUGUUCUGUCUGAUUCAUUUGCCAUAGUCCCAGUUACACCUGAAAACCAUGCUACUGAGUCCGAUGCCCGUGCCAACUCUGGUACUAUGCCCACCUUUGCUGCUAAUCAGUCGGCAUCUAAUUUUGGAAAUCAGGGUUUUGAUGAUCCAUUUGGCGAUGAUCCUUUUAAAGCUGUCCCUUCAACUGAUGCUGCCCCAGCGGUGCAACAAAUUUCUACUUCCAUGCCUACUUUCCAGCCUGCAACAAAUCAAAAUGCAGUAGUUCCUCAGCCCCCUUCUGCGAAUUUUGAGACAGCCACAAACUUCAACUUUGGGGACUCAUUCUCUGCCAAUGCUUACUCUGCACCUAGUGUGUCCAGUGUUCAACCUCCAUCAACAAACUCCCAGUUUCUGCCCCAGGAAUUGUCAACUCCAAAUCUGGAAAGUGAUAUACUGGCGGAUGUUUUUCCAGCUUCUGGGCCUGCACAGCCCAGUGUUGACAUGUAUGGCCAAUCUAUGCAGCCAAGUGCUAAUCCUUAUAGUCAACCGCCACAACCUGGUGCUAAUCCAUAUGGUCAACCUGCACAGCCAAAUGCUAAUCCAUAUGCCCAACCCAUGCAACCAAUCUUGAAUAAUUCGUAUUGUGAUUUUAACCCACAGACUGUGUCUAUGUCCCCUCAGAUCCCAGAAUCUGCUGCCCAAAUCAGCAAUGGGAGCUUCAACUCUCACAUUGGUUCUAAUGCUCCUGUCAGUUCACACAUGGCUGCUCAACCACAAAAUAACAAUGAUGUCAUGGGUGGAUUAGUUUCACAACCUGGAUCAAAGCCUUCAAUGGCACCACAGACAGUUACUCCCUCGUCAACAGGAGCACUUGCUAUAGUUCCUGUUUCACAACCAUCGAAGGAUAAAUUUGAGUCGGCAGUUUGGGCCGAUACAUUGAACAGAGGACUGGUCAAUUUGAAUAUAUCUGGGCCUAAAACCAACCCAUUGGCUGAUAUUGGAGUGGACUUUGAUGCUCUUAAUCGGAAAGAAAAGAGGAUGGAAAAGCCUGCCCCGAAUUCGGUGACAUCUACAAUCACCAUGGGUAAAGCAAUGGGAUCGGGUUCCGGGAUUGGUCGUUCAGGUGCUAGUGCUCUAAGACCUCCAGCAAAUCCUAUGGUAGGUUCCGGUAUGGGCAUGGGUAUGGGAAUGGGUGGACCUGCUGGAGGCAUGGGCAUGGGAGGAGGCUACGGUGGAAUGAAUCAACGACCAAUGGGAAUGGGGAUGAACAACAUGGGCAUGAAGAUGGGAAUGGGGCAGAGACCCUACAUGCAACCUCAAGCUGGAAUGCCUGGAAGUUAUAACCCUAUGAUGGGUUCCGGUGGAUAUUAUCAACAGCCAUAUGGCGGCAGUUAUCAAUGAGAACAAGUUCCCGUCCGAGAAAAGGAAGUUACAUACAAAGCUUGUGAUAUAACAGAGUUAAAAGAAAUCAAAAUAUAGCUAAACCUUAGGUAUCGCCAUCGGUAUCCCAGAGUAGAAGCUCUAAUUUUGUAGUGUCACGAUUCUCUUGGCAGGGGGCUGUGAUGGGAUCCAGUUCUUAUUCUUAUGUUUCUAUUAUUUUUCUCAUUCUUGCUUAAGCUGUUGCACUGUUUGGACCACAAUGAGUCCUUUUGGUUCAAUGCCUGGUUUGAGCUGUUGUGAUAUUGUGUUGUACUGUGGACAGCCCUUCUCA